AUGAUGUUACCAAGUCCGGUCACUUCCACACCUUUCUCUGUCAAAGACAUUUUGAAUCUGGAGCAGCAGCAACAACAGUACCACGGCGGGCACUUGCAGACGGACUUGGAGCAGCAUUUCCAUUCGGCCUCCUCCUGCAUGUUGGCAGCGCGGGAGGCGGCCCAAUUUUCUGAUGGGGGGGAGGAGGUGGAGGAGGGAGAGAAACUGCCCUAUUUAAACUCAAUAACCGCAGCCGAGAACCACAGGGAGACGGGGAUCUGUCCCGAGAGCUAUGUCCACACGGUCCUCCGCGGCUCCUGCGGGCCCAAGGACCAAGAAGAGGAGGCCGACGGGGUCGUGAGGGACAGGAGCCAGAAAAGCUGCCCGCUGAAGAAGCCGCUGGAGGCAGGAGAGUGUAAGGCCGAGGAGAGCGAGAGGCCGAAGCAGCGCAGCCGAAGAAAGCCCAGGGUCCUCUUCUCUCAGGCUCAGGUUUUCGAGCUGGAAAGGAGAUUUAAGCAACAGAGGUAUUUGUCUGCGCCAGAGCGGGAGCAUCUUGCCAGUAGCCUAAAGCUCACGUCUACACAGGUGAAGAUCUGGUUUCAGAACCGGAGGUACAAGUGUAAGAGGCAGCGUCAGGACAAGUCCUUGGAGAUGGGGACGCACCCACACCCGCCGCCUCCCAGGAGGGUGGCUGUGCCAGUGUUGGUGCGGGACGGGAAGCCCUGCAUCAGUGGGGCACAGAGUUACAACGCUCCUUAUAGCGUGGGCGCCAGCCCUUAUUCCUAUAACGGCUUCCCGAGCUACGGCUACGGGAACUCGGCCGCCGCUGCGGCCGCGGCCGCAGCCUAUAGUGGCAACUACGGCUGCACUUACCCCGCGAGCAGCGGCGCCGCCGCGGCCGCCGCCAUCCCGCCGGCCUGCAACGCGGCAGGAGGCGGCCCCUUUGUGAACGUGAGCAACCUGGGAGGCUUCGGGGGUGCAGCGCAGCCCCUCCAGAGCCUCCACCAGGGCAGCACAGUGCCUGCCUGCGCCCAGGGCACCUUGCAGGGCAUCCGAGCCUGGUAG